AGUAGACAUGCCUUCUAUCUGUCUAUAGCUAUCUUGUUUUUUAGACAUUGGAGAACAAUGUUACUGAAUUCCUUGUCUGUUCAAACCAACCAAAUCUACUUCAACAAGAGAAAAGACAAGUCUUUGGAAAUAAAACAAAUUCAAUGGCAAUUCUGAAUAUUCUUACAAAGAGAAAAGCUGAAGACCAGCCAGAGACUCUAAACAAAAAAGACAAGAGAAUAAAGUGUGCCAAGGACCAAACUAAUGAGAAAUGCUUAAAGCAGAAUGUACUGAAGAAGUUGACCACUGAAAAGAAUAAAGAUGCUGCACAGCAUGUGGUUCACAAACCAAAUAAGAGUUUGGUGGAUUUUGAUGUUGAUAAGGAGGACUUCAGUAAUAUUUGGGCAACUCCGGUCUAUGCUAAUGAUAUCUUUCACAAUAUAAGAGAAAGAGAGGCCAUCUUCCCUCUAGCUGACUACAUGGACAAGCAGCUGGACCUUAGCAAGAGAAAGAGAGCCAUUGUGGUGGACUGGAUGAUUGAAGUGCAGGAGCACUUUGAACUGAGUCACGAAACACUCUACCUUGCAGUGAAACUGAUGGAUCACUACCUCACGAAAUGCCAGUGUAAAACUGAGAAUCUACAGCUAGUGGCAGCCACUGCUUUUCUCAUUGCUGCAAAGUUUGUGGAACGUUGCACUCCCUUGGUAGAGGAAUUCCUGUUCGUCUGCAGUGGGACGUACAGCCGGAAACACAUUCUUGUGAUGGAGAGGAGGAUUCUGACCGUGCUUGGUUUCGACAUUAAUAUCCCAGAACCAUAUAGCUUUAUUCGCCGCUAUGCAAAGUGUGCAAGGAGCAACCUGUUGACGUUGACUCUGGCCCGCUAUAUAUGUGAGAUGACAUUGCAAGAGUAUGAAUUUCUUCAGGAAAGGUCCUCUAAACUGGCUGCAGCGUGCCUUUUCCUUGCAAUGAAGAUGGCCUCCUCAGGGGAUUGGACCCAAACACUGGUACAUCACACUGGAUAUGAGGAGGAAGACCUUGUGCCCAUAAUGGAGAAAUUGAGUUCUAUCAUCUCGACGCAGAAUGGAAAACUGAAAGCUGUGUACACCAAAUAUUCUCACAGCACUUUUCUGGAAGUGGCUAAAAUUCCUCCUCCCGAGCCCUUCGCUUUGAUUGAAGACACAGCAAUAGUGUGCAAGGAGAUUCAGUAGAGUCUUAACAACUGACAUUGAAAGGGAACUCCUAUCCUGCGUUACUUAAGAUGGCAAUUUUUUUAUUCAUAAAAAGGCACAAGGAACUGCAUAAACUUAAACUGUAUUUGGCAAAAUCUGCAUUCCAGGGCACUGCCAUUUCCAACUGAGACAUUCAGUCUUAACAUGAAUGUGUUUUUAAUUCUGUCCUGGAAAGGUUAUAACAUUUUAACUGUUUUUAAAUUAACU